AUGGGAAAUUUUCGUUGCAACUAUACAGCACUGAUCAUCUUUCUUGUGCUGCCACCUUGUUUCUUUGCAUCACCAUCAACAACUGAAGCUGAAGCUCUUCUGAAAUGGAAGAGCAGCUUGUUCAUGUCUUCUUCUUAUCUCAAUUCAUGGUCACUAUCCAAUCUAAGAAACCUUUGUAAUUGGAGGGGCAUUGUUUGCAAUGGUGAUGGAGCUGCUGUCUCUGAGAUCAAUCUUCCUAAUGCUGAUCUCUCUGGUACUCUUCACCACCUCAAUUUUACUUCUUUUCCCACCCUCACUCGUUUCAACAUCGGUGGAAACUACUUCAAUGGAUCAAUCCCUCCUGCCAUUGCUGAUCUGUCCAACUUGGUCUUCUUGGACUUGAGCAACAAUACGUUUGAGGGAAGCAUACCGCCACAGAUUGGGAACCUGACGGAGCUUCAGUACCUCACCCUUUACAACAACUCUUUUAGUGGAGUUAUUCCUUAUCAGAUUGGAAAUCUUCAAAAGGCAGCAUUCCAGCUCAAAUGGGAAACUUACAAAAUUUGAUUGAAUUAAGCCUGGGAACGAACCACCUCUUUGGUUCAAUACCUCAGACAAUUGGAAACCUCACAUUCCUUACUGCUUUACAACUUUCCCACAACAAUCUCACUGGGAUGCUUCCACCUCAUAUAGGAAACUUGAAGAAUCUGGCUACUCUAGACCUUUCAUAUAAUAGUCUCUAUGGGAUGUUUCCACCUCAGAUAGGAAACUUGAAGAAUCUGGCUAACUCUAGACCUUUCAUAUAAUAAUCUCUACGGUCCGAUACCCCAGACAAUUGGAAAUCUUACUAACCUCGAUUAUCUUGACCUUUCUUCCAAUGAUUUCACCAAAACACUUCCACCUCAAAUAGGAAAUUUGCCAAAUUUGUGGAGUUUGGACCUGUCAGAAAACAACCUCUAUGGUCCAAUACCUAUGACAAUUGGAAAGUUGAAGAAGUUGACCGAACUAAACAUGGAAAAAAAUAGUUUCUAUGGUCCAAUACCUCAAACAAUUGGAAAUCUCACAAGCCUCACAAUGUUGGAACUUUCCAAAAAUAAUCUCAUCGGAAUGCUUCCGCCACAGAUAGGAAACUUGCAGGAUUUGUGGAUAUUAGAUGUAUCAAGAAAUAAUCUCUCUGGUCCACUACCUCAGAUAAUUGGAAACCUCACAAGUCUCAGUAGUCUAUUUCUCUCCACCAAUAAUCUCAUUGGAAUGCUUCCACCUCGUAUAGGAAACUUAAAGCAUUUGAAUGAUUUGCACUUGUCAGAAAACAACCUCUAUGGUCCAAUAUCUCAUACAAUUGGAAACCUAACGAGACUCGAAACACUACUCCUUUCCGCAAACAAUUUCAACGGAACACUUCUGUCUGAGAAUGGGAAUCUGCCAUCAAUGCUUAUCUCUUCAACAAUUUGCAAUUUAAAUUCUCUCCAAAUUUUGGUUUUGGCCAACAAUUCAUUGGCUGGGCCAAUACCUCAAUGUUUGGGAAACAUUAACAAAGACCUCUCGGUGCUAGAUUUGCAUCACAAUCAAUUUCAUGGGCCAAUCCCAAGAAAUUUUAAGGUUGGCAACUCAUUGAACAGACUUAAUUUGCGUGAAAACCAAUUAGA